AUGGCUUUGUUCCAUGAUGAUAAGGGUGAAAAGAAGGAAGCAAUAAUAAUAAGAUCGAAAAUCGGAAUAAUAGGAGCUGGAGUGAGUGGGAUAGCGGCGGCAAAACAGCUGCGGCAGCACAACCCCAUUGUGUUUGAGGCCACUGACUCCAUUGGCGGGGUUUGGAGGCAUUGCUCCUUCAACUCCACUAAGCUCCAAUCUCAGCGCCGUGAUUACGAGUUCACUGACUACCCUUGGCCCAACAACAGAGACAACUCUGACUUCCCCACACACUUGGAGAUUUUGGAUUACCUUCACUCCUAUGCGAACCACUUUGAUAUUCUCAAAACCAUUUCCUUCAACUCUAAGGUCCUUCACAUCCGCUUUCUUGGCUCUCUCUGGCAUCUUGCUGUACAGAACACCCUCUCACACACCAUUCAGUGGUACGGGUUCGAGUUUGUGGUGAUUUGUAUGGGAAAGUAUGGGGACGUAGCUCAGAUUCCGGCGUUCCCACGGAGUAAAGGGCCAGAGACAUUCAAGGGAAAGGUCCUUCACACGCUUGAUUACUGCAAGCUCAACAACGAAGAAGCCACUCAACUCUUCAAAGGCAAAAACGUUGCCGUUGUUGGUUUCAAAAAGUCUGCCAUUGAUUUAGCGAUGGAGUGCGCACUCGCUAACCAAGGAUGCGAAGGACAAAAGUGCACAAUGGUUGUAAGAACGGCGCAUUGGACAGUUCCCCAUUACUGGGUUUGGGGUUUGCCACUCUCCAUCUUCUACACUAAUCGAUCUUCUCAGUUCCUCCAUGAAAGACCAAACCAAGGAUUCCUCAAAACCCUUCUUACCCUCCUCCUCUCUCCAAUGAGGCGAGGAAUGUCAAAGUUCAUUGAGUCGUACUUGCUGUGGAAACUUCCUCUGGAAAAGUAUGGAUUGAUACCGGAUCACUCAUUUGACGAAGAUUAUGCAUCGUGCCAGAUGGCCAUCUUGCCUGAAAACUUCUUCUCUGAGGCUGAGAAAGGCAAGAUCGCUUUCAAGAAAGCAUCGUCCAAGUGGUGGUUCUGGGAGGGAGGAAUCGAAUUCGACGACAACACUAAGCUUGAGGCGGAUGUGGUGGUUCUGGCAACCGGCUAUGACGGAAAGCAGAAGCUGAACAGCAUCAUGGAGGAGCCAUUUCGAAGCUUGUUGGAUUACCCUUCUGCUUCUGGUGUUAUGCCUUUGUACAGGGGAACCAUCCAUCCAUUGAUUCCCAACAUGGCUUUUCUUGGCUAUGUUGAGAGCGUCGCCAACCUUCACUCUUCUGAGAUACGCUCCCUCUGGCUUUCUGCAUUGCUGGAUCAAAAGUUCAUGCUGCCCGCUGUUCCCGACAUGCUUGCGCAUACCCUUGAGGAGGUCGAGGUUAUGAAGAGGACAUCUAGGUUCUAUAAGAGGCACUGCAUCUCUACUUACAGCAUCAACCACACCGAUCAGAUUUGCCAUGAUUUGGGCUGGACUUCUUGGAGGAAGAACAAUUGGCUAGCCGAAGCUUUUUCCCAUUAUAGCAGUGAAGACUAUCAGAGCCAACAUUGAUUCUAUAGUGAUCGAUAGCCAUAAG